AUGUCGGCCUCCCGCCGCCCGCCGCGGGGCCUUGCGCACGCGCUCGGCGCCAGCCGCGGCCGGGCCGGCGCCUGCGCGGGGCACGCUGUGGGCUGUUCGCUGGCGCUCGCCGGCGGCUGGCUGCAGCUGCAGCAGUCGCGCUGCGACGCGGAGGAGCCCCUCGGGGCCACUGCGCUGACCCGUGUUGGCGCGCCCCCGUCUCGGAAGCCGAUCCCCGGGGAGCCCAGGAAUGUGCACCGCCAGUGCAGGAUAUCUUUGAGCAGGCGGUUGGCAGCCCACUCGGAGAAUCGCUGGCACCAGUCCGCCGAGGUCGGCAAGCUUCUCCGAACUCCCGGCGGCGUGAGGUGGAUCCAGAUCAGGCCCGGGAGCGGCGGCGCGGUGGCCGCCAAGGGCCGAGUGGUCGGCGUCCACUUCGAGUGCUACUCCCUGCACGGAGCGCUCCUGGAGUCGACCUGGUCCCACCACCGGCCCCUGGGCUGCCUGAACUUCCGCUUCCGGCUCGGGGAGGGGCACCUGCACGGCAUCGCCCCCGCAGUGGAGGAGGCCCUCGAGGGCAUGCCCGUGGGCUCGAGGCGGGAGCUCAUCGCUCCCCCGCACAUGCUCUGGGAGCACGCGCACGGAGGGCAGCACGGCCAGUUCGUCACCAAGGUCGGGCUGGUCUCCCGGCACGACGAGCCGCGCAUCUUCAUGGUGGACCUCUACUACGUCGGGCCAGAGGCCCCGCUGGCGGCCGCGGAGGCGGCGGAGCACGAGGGCUGA